CACGCACUAACAGAAACCAAAAACACCCAAAUUUCGCUCAUUUUUUCAUUCUUGAGAAUGGGAUUUCCAGUUGCAUACACUGAUCCAAUUCCCAAAUUUGUGGUAUAUAUACUGAUGGUAUUAGGAUUUGUGCAGAAAUUUGUGUGCGCUCUGCUAUCUUUUUUACGGCUGGGGAAUUUUCUGGAGCCGGAAACGGCGUCGUAUGCGCCGCCCGAUUAUUCUAGCGCGGCGCUGAUCCGCGAGCUGCUGCCGGUGGUCAAGUUUGCAGAUUUGGAGCAGGAUCUUGACUCGCCGGAGAGCUGCGCGGUGUGCCUGAACGAAUUCGGCGGCGAGGACGAGAUCCGGCGGCUGAGGAACUGCCGGCACAUAUUCCACCGGAGCUGCGUCGAUCGGUGGAUGGACCACGAUCGGCAGACGUGCCCGCUCUGUCGCAUGCCGUUCAUACCGGAGGAAAUGCUGGAGGCAUUCGACGAGCGAAUAUGGCUUGCCUCCGGCAUCUCCCACCUUUACGCCGACUAUUCGCUAAUUACGGCUGGUUUGUAGAUAUUCCAACAGUCCGCGAUUGGGAGUCCCAGUUGAGUUGGAGACGAAUUUUAAAAAUACCACAAGAAAAGCGGAUGAUAAAAUUAAAAUGUGUCUCAUUUUUAUGCAGUAGUAAUAAAAUGUAAGUAGAAUGAAUUAGUGGAAUGCAGACGCACCCACAUGGACUCGUAAUUACCGACGUAGUGAGUAUUUUUUUUCUUCAUUUGUUUUGAAAUGUAUAUAUUAUAUGGAGGAAAAGUUGAAAAAUUAUGGCAUUUCGAAAUGAAAGAAGCACAAGUUUUUUUUUGAA